GUUGUCUGUCAAUGUGUUGAUUCUUGAUUACCGUGGCUACGGCGAUUCUGAGGAUGGAAGCGGCCCAUCAGAGCAUGGCUUCUUGCAGGAUGCGGAGGCUGCGUACCGGUGGCUCGUGCAGCGGGCUCGAAAGUCAGGCGUCAAUGGCGGCUCCAUGCAGAUUCGCGACGAUCGAAUUCUUUUCUUUGGCCGUUCCAUCGGUGGCGCAGUGGCAGUGAAGCUUGCUGCGCAUGUGUUGAAACAGAAGCACGACGAGGCGUCGAUCCGAAAAGACGAGGCUGGCGGCCUGCCGUUGCCAGCAGGGAUUGUGUUGGAAAACACAUUUACGUCCUUGCGAGAAAUGGCCCUGCAGAUGUUUCCCUUCCUGUCGAUACUCAGGCCAUUGCUGCGAGCACCUUUGAUCUUUGACGAGUGGGCUUCCGCGGAAAGCUUGCAAUUUUUCGCAAGCAAUCACAAGCUGUGGUGCUGCUGCCUGUUCAGUGGGCUGCAGGACCAAAUAGUACCUCCAGCACAGAUGAAGGAGCUCUACAUGUUAUUGUCUAAGCAGCGUCCAAGAGUGUUGAAGUGCUUCAAUUUUCCCAUGGGUGGUCACAAUGACACACCUCAGAUGGGUGGCGCGGACUAUUGGGCGUCAUUCAAGAAGUUCAUGGGCCUGGUGAAGGAGAGUGAGUCCGAGCGCGAGACAUGUCCAAAAGGACAGCUGCUAUGUGCGAGUAUGUGCGAGUGA